GCCCUAUUGUUACGUGGAGCCUCAUACCAUGGCAAAAGUGUGAUGAGCAUGUUAAAAACUAAUCAUCCUCACCAGCAAGGCAGUGGGCAUUUAGAAGGAGGAGCAACUCCGGCAGACCAUGAACGAUAUUUGUCUGUAAUUGUUGCUUGUACACCAGCUUCUGUUACUCGUGUUGGUGCCUGGCGCUCUGACUCAAGUCUUUCUGUAAAUUCUCUAUUACUUGCUGCUGACGACAUGGCUACACACAAUACACCUAGCAUCAGUGGGACAGUUAAAGGUGGCUUGUCCCGUGGAAGAUGGGGUUCUGUGAAAGAUAGUGGUCCUCGCCCCUCUGGUGAUUCUGAUUCUGGAAGUGAUUGUGUUCAUACCCUUCAUACUGCUCCGUUGUAUAUAUUAUCAGAUAAAACUCAUUAUAAAGGAUUUAAAGUUGAUGGUAUUAAAGCUGAAUUUAUACCAGUGGAAUAUGCUGAUGUUCGUGCCACAAAAGCGGCUUUCAAGAAAUUAAUGAAAGCAUGUAUACCAAGCAGUGCUCCAACAGAAACUGAGCAAUCAUUUUACAAGUUAGUGGAAAGUUCAGAAUGGUUGCAACACUUGAAAAACUUGUUGCAGCUGUCUGGGGCUGUUGUGGAUCUGUUAGAUGUUCAAGGUUCUUCAGUUAUGUUAUGUUUGGAAGAUGGAUGGGAUAUUACAUGCCAAAUAUCAUCAGUGGCACAACUAUGUUUAGAUCCUUAUUAUAGAACUAUGGUUGGGUUUAGAGUUCUUAUUGAGAAAGAAUGGCUAGCAUUCGGCCAUAGGUUCAGUCUUCGUAAUGGAAUUUCACCGAAUUCUCAAACAUCAACAUUUACUCCUAUAUUUCUUCAGUUUUUAGAUCUGGUGCAUCAGGUUCAGCAACAAUUUCCUCUGGCUUUUGAAUUUAAUGAUUAUUAUCUUCGUGUGCUUGCUUAUCAAUCAGUUUCAUGCAGAUUUCGUACAUUUUUGUUGGAUUGUGAACUAGAUAGAGUUGAAUGUGGAAUUACUGCUGUUGAAGACAAAAGAGGUUCCUUAACAUCUCAUCAUAAAAAUGUGGACACAGGCUCAGAUGAUGAAUGUAUAUAUCCAGGAGGAUUAAGGGCAGGCACUCAUUCUGGUCCCAACUUGGGGCAGUCAGUCUUCGAUUAUAUAGAAAAACAUAAUGCCAGAGCUCCUGUAUUUUUUAAUUUUAUGUACACUCCAGAUACUGAUCAGCCUGUGUUAAGACCUCAAUCUAAUUUAGCAGUUUUAGAUGUUUGGGAUUAUUAUAUUAAUGAAGAUCUUAAACAUGGCCCAACUUACGAUUUGGAGCUGUUGCAGCUGGAAACAACCCAGCAAGAAGAAACAGAAACAAUUGAUGGAAUGCAUUCAACAUCUCGACAAGUAGUUAUUACUGGCUAUGAUAAUGUAAGGCAUUGCAUUCCUGAUGCAUUUACACAUCUUUUAGAAGAAAUACAUAACCUUGAAACUGAAUUAGGACACUUGCCUCAAAAAUGGAAAAUUCUUUGGGAUAAAUUAGAGCUACCGACCACUGACUCUCUUACAAGACACGCAUCAUUGAGUACUGCACUUGUACGAUCUCAUGGACGUUUGCUGCAUAAAAGAUCAACUUUAGAAAUAUUAAUGAGAGGAAAAAUGGUUGAUACUCAGCCAUCAAUUCCACCUAUUUAUUCUCAUCCCCAUAGAUUCGAAAAACAUAACUUUACAACUCCAACCUACUGUGAUUUUUGUACUAAUGUUUUAUGGGGUCCUGUAAAGACUGGUCUUCGUUGCAUUGACUGUGGUUACAGCUGCCAUGAAAAAUGUUGUGAUAAUGUUCCUAAGACAUGCACUAAAUACAAAUCUGUCUCAGAUGGAACUCAUACCAACCAAACAUUAAGCAGAAGUGGUGGAGACACUGCUUCAGUUAACUCAAGUGUUACAGCUAUUCAAACCACAAAUCAACAGUACUACGAUCAGUUUUCAUCAAAUGUUGCCGAAAAUAGAACACAUGAAGGAUACUUAUAUAAGAGAGGAGCAUUGUUGAAGGGUUGGAAACAACGGUGGUUUGUUCUUGAUUCAAUCAAACAUCAAUUACGUUAUUAUGAUGCUGUGGAAGAUUCUCAUUGCAAAGGAUUUAUAGAUCUUGCUGAAGUAAUGUCAGUUACACAAGUCCCUCCUAUACCUGGUCCUCCUAAGAAGACCGAUGACAAGUCUUUCUUUGAUCUACGAACAAACCGGAGAACUUAUAACUUUUGUGCUGCUGAUUCAUCUUCUGCUCAAGAAUGGAUUGAAAAGCUGCAGGCUUGUUUGCAAUGAAUUUUGUAUAAAGCAGCUAACGUUCACCUUGUUAUGUAACUAUAAGUUUAGUAAUAUAUGAAUGUAAAUAUAAAUUAUUUCUUUGUAUGGUUACCAAAUCCAGAGCUACCGUUUUAAUAUUAACCCUUUUCCACAUAUCAGAUAUGUAAAUAGGUCAUACUAUAAGGAAGCCUUUCCUAAAGUAUUAGGUAAAAUCAUUGAAAAAUUGUUUAUAUUUUUUUAUACUCAAUUGUUAAAUAAUUUUAUAGUUUUGUAGUGUAUUUAAUUAAUGUGAAAUAAACUUCUUUAAUUUGAUGUAUAAAAUUAAGUGUUUGUAAAAAAUUAGAUUUGUUUUUUCAUCAUGAUACAGCAACAUAAUAUUGUUCAACUUCUUGUUUUAAAAAAAAAAUGUAUAUAUAUAUAUAUAUAUAUGUAUAUAUAUAUAUAUAUAUAUAUAUAUAUAUAUAUAUAUAUAUAUAUAUAUAUAUAUAU